ACUCACCAGCCACAGGCAGCGGCGGCGGCGGGAGGGCGGGCGGGCGGCGGAUAGGGGGACACGCCAGGCGCGGCGGCAACAACAGCGGCGCGGCGGCAACAACAGCGGCGAGACACCGGCGGCGGCUAUUCGGAAGCGGCAGUAGCGCCCGCCCGCCCCGCUCGUUCCCUUCCUCCCCCGCCGCGGAGACAGGGGGCAGCGCCGAGAGGAGAAGCCGGGCUCAGCGUGUGUGUGCGCGGGCGGAGGAGGCGGAGGAGGGGGAACACACCGAGGACUGCGCCGACCGAGGGCGCACGGAGAAGGGAAGCGGCAGCGGCGGCACCAAGAGGCGGCGGCGGGUCCUUGUGCCUGGGGAGGAGGGCGCAGCUCGCACGGGGGUUUCUUUCGAGUUUCCUCUUUUUUUUUUCGGUCCCUCGGACUCGGCGCCGGGUCUGCAUUUGUCUCCGGAUUUGAAUCCUCCUCCUUCUCCUCCUUCCUCGGGGAAGCUCCCCUCCCCGCCCCCUCCCCUCCCCCACCGCCUCCCUGCCCGCCCGGAUCCAGCCGGGCGCCCCGUGCCGCGGUCGCGUUGCUCGGCGGAGCUGCUGCGGGCGCUCGCCGUCUCUCCGCGGGCUUGGAAUAUGGUUGGGGAAAUGGAAACCAAGGAGAAGCCGAAGCCGAGCCCUGAUUACCUGAUGCAGCUGAUGAACGACAAGAAGCUGAUGAGCAGCCUCCCCAACUUCUGCGGGAUCUUCAACCACCUCGAGAGGCUGCUGGACGAAGAGAUCAGCAGAGUACGGAAGGACAUGUAUAACGACACGUUAAAUGGUAGUACGGAGAAGAGAAGUGCAGAACUACCAGAUGCUGUGGGACCUAUUGUACAGUUACAAGAGAAACUAUAUGUGCCUGUAAAAGAAUACCCAGAUUUCAACUUCGUGGGAAGAAUCCUUGGGCCCAGAGGACUAACAGCUAAACAACUUGAAGCAGAGACAGGAUGCAAGAUAAUGGUCCGAGGGAAGGGCUCCAUGAGGGACAAAAAGAAGGAGGAACAGAAUCGAGGCAAGCCCAACUGGGAACACCUGAACGAAGAUUUACAUGUACUGAUCACUGUGGAGGAUGCUCAGAAUAGAGCAGAAAUAAAACUGAAGAGGGCUGUUGAAGAAGUAAAGAAGUUACUGAUACCUGCAGCAGAAGGAGAAGACAGCCUUAAAAAGAUGCAGCUGAUGGAGCUUGCAAUUCUGAAUGGCACUUACAGAGAUGCCAACAUCAAAUCACCAGCCCUUGCCUUUUCUCUUGCAGCAACAGCCCAGGCUCCAAGGAUUAUUACCGGGCCUGCGCCUGUUCUCCCACCAGCUGCCCUGCGUACUCCUACGCCAGCUGGCCCUACCAUAAUGCCUUUGAUCAGACAAAUACAAACCGCUGUCAUGCCAAACGGAACUCCUCAUCCCACCGCUGCAAUAGUGCCACCUGGACCCGAAGCUGGUUUAAUUUACACACCAUACGAAUACCCCUACACACUGGCACCAGCUACAUCAAUCCUUGAGUAUCCUAUUGAACCUAGUGGUGUAUUAGGUAAGAUCUUUGUAUGGCUUUCCCAACGAAAGGCUAAGAAUUCAAGAACGGUUUUAACUGAUCCUUCAUCAGAUCUGAAUUUUAACAAAUGCUUAGUUUCAGCAGCCUUGAAAAAAAAAAAGCUUGGCCUAGCAGUCAGUGACUUACUUGCACUUUUUUGCACAUAGAUUUUAAAUGAAAUAGUGCUAUUAAUUUGGGUUAGCUCCUGUUACAGAGUAGCUGUAAUUUAUGAGUGUAUAGUAGUAUACUGACUGCUAAGUGUUCUAUAUAGUGUUUGCUUUACUAAUCACCUAAUUCAUUGCAGUUCAUACUUAUUGACUUUAAAAAUCAAGAUCUGUAGGCUUGAAGAAUUGCUUUAAACCUUCUUUUUUUUUUUUUUUUUGUGGUAGAACUGGAAGUGAUCUUAAGGUUAGCAAAUAAUUGUCAGUAUUAAAAGAUGGCAUUAUUUAAAAUAGUCCUGCUGCAGAAAGGCACUUCAGUGAAUAUGUGACUAGUAAAGCUUCUGUGCUUGGGUCUAAUAGAUUUCAUGAAAUACUGUAAUUCUGUUGGGAUUGUAAAUGAAUGGAUGAAACAGGUUAAGGCCAGGAUGUUUAAAUCAAAAUGCAAUAUUAAUCUGCACAGAUAAACUCCUUUUUUGAGAUUAAGGUUUGGAAAACUACUGUGCCUUAACUUGUUGCUUUUCUUAAAGUGAACCUUUAUUAUUUUUUUUGUGUAGUUAAUGGUCAUUUAAAUCCAUUUUGAUAAACCUGCUGUUAAUGUUUUCUUUGAAUGUUUUCUAACUUUGUCUUGGUAAUUGCAAUUUAACUAGGUGCGGUGGCUACUAAAGUUCGAAGGCACGAUAUGCGUGUCCAUCCUUACCAAAGGAUUGUGACCGCAGACCGAGGUUAGUUUAGUUCUGCAGUUCUUGUUUGUAAGAAGUGCUUUGAGUGUACAUGAGAUUUGCAACACCACAGCUGGUUAACCAAAUACCCUCUUUUCACCUAUUUGGUUGUUAUUACCCCCACCCCCAAAUUUGAAUAGCUAAUAUUUUAGAGCUUUGGGAACGUUUGGUGGUUUUAAAAACAGGACGUGAAUCUUGGCUUUCCCAGCUCAAUUAAAGAGAGAAACUUCAUAGUUUAGAGCUUUGGGAAUGGUUGGUGGUUUUAAAAAAACAUGAUGUGAAUCUUGGCUUUCCCAGCUCAAUUAAAUAGAUAAACUUUGUGAUAUAUUUAAUAUAAAGGCUGCAAUUGAUUCCCUUUAAAAAACAAACCCUGUUUAAAGAGCCGUCUGCAUCAUGGAACACUAUUAAUUCAGUGCUACAAUAAUUAAUGUAGUCCUAUUCUCUUCCCUCUCCCCCCUCCCCUUUCCUGUAAUUUGUUCUUUUAAUUGGUGUGGAAAUAUCAGAUUGGUGUUGCAAAAUAAAAUGAAUGGAUGAUUGCUUAAUGAGAAAGACGUAAAGGAAUAAAUGCCUCCUGUCUGUGUCUGGAGAAAUCUGAAGAUUUAGAUUCCUUACUUUUUGUUCUUUCCAAUACACUUUUGAGCCACUGUACUGUAUACGAGGAUGCAUGAGCUCAGAUACCAGUCUGAAUUCAGAAAGAUUAAGAGCUGUGAAGAUAAUUCAAAAGUUGUUUGAGUUUGAUUUACUAAGGGUAGGGAGUAAUGUUUUGGGUUUUUUUGCCAAAAUCCGUUUCUUGGUCUUUGCCUUUUGCUGCUAAAACGUGUAACCUGAAGGAGAAGCAACUUUUGAAGUCCUGUUGGUGAGAUGACAUCCCAUAUUUGGGCAUCUCUCUGUAACCCUUGAAUGGAAAGUAAAUCUUCAUGUUUCUCCU